CGUCACAAGCAAGUUUAGCAGAAGUAGUAUGAUAUAUUAGACGAGACAGUCUUAAGGAGCUGGGUCGGAGACAAGACCGAGAGAAAUGGAGGAGGAUAUUAGAAAGAAGGGGAUGCUGUAUUUACAACAGCAGCGGUUUGGGAAGAAAUGGCGUAAGGUCUGGUCCGUGCUGUACCGAGAGAGCUCCUGCUCCAUCUCUCGUCUGAGCGGCAACACACUGGAGAAAGCCAGCCGUAAACAGGAAAACAAAAAGGUGAUAAAAAUGAAUGACUGCAUUCGUGUUUCGGAGGCUGAUGUUGAAGGCUGUCCACGGGAUUGUGGACCUUUUUUGGUGGAGACAACUGAAAAGACAUUUAUUUUUGCUGUUGAGAUUGCUGAACUUGAAGACUGGAUCCAGAAACUGUGUGAAAUCGCCUUUCCGAUGAGCUGGACGGAGAGAGGAGCAGUGAGAGGAAACAGUUUACAUGCUGAAUCUGAUGACGUCACGAUGGCGGACAACACUCUCUACUGCAGCAGAGAAACUGCAAUGAAAGACUUUAAGGUGACGGUGAGGCGUACAGAGGCUUCUGAGAGAUGUGGCCUGAAAGGAACAGUGCUGUUACGGACUGAUUUUGAUAGCCUUCUUCUGAAGGAACCGAAGACGGGAGAGGUUCUCUACUCCUGGCCCUACCGCUUCCUCCGCAGGUUCGGACGAGACAAGGCAACUUUCUCCUUUGAGGCUGGGCGAAGAUGCGACUCGGGGGAAGGCAACUUUGAGUUCGACACAAAGCAAGGAAACAGCAUCUUCCAAUCUGUAGAGGCCGCCAUCAAUCUACACAGAGUCAGUUUACCUCAGAAGCAAAUAUCAGGUGGGGAGCGAGAUACCGUGCCCCCUUCACCUCAAAUGAGAGCUGUGGCAGAUGAUGCAUGUAUCUACAGUGUGGUGACUGAGGGAGCAAUCAGAGAUGGAUCCAAACAACCCCAGAACCCCCAGCAAACCAGACUUGAAGCCCCUGCAGAGAAACUUCUGACCGGAGUCAAGAGCCUGACCCUGGACGCCAGGCCUCCGCCACGAAAGAGCCAGGUCAAAAACUUCCGCAGCUGUCCCUUGGUCAACAGUGAGGAUGAGAUGUAUUCCCGGGCCAUGGCCCCUGAUCCAGAUCGGGGAAGUCCAGGGGAGAAGAGAGAACCAAAAGAUAGAUGUUCCCCAUGCUCCAACCCUGAGGACUCUGACUACUCGCUGCCCUUUGACAACAUUUCCAAGAACGUUAUGGGAAAUAUUUUGUCUGCAUCAAACUCUUCACCCAUGUUCGUAGAACCCAGUUGUGAAAAUGACAAGAAAGGCAAUAUAGAAAACACAGAACCACUUUAUGACAUUAUAGAUGAAACUGCAAUCAGAAACCGUUUCUCAAACAGAAAACCACAUCCUUACAAAAGAGUGGAGCACAUUUAUGAUGAACCAGAGGGUUGUGGUGUGGCUCCAAGUGUGCCUCCAUCACUCUAUGAUGAACCGGAGGAGGUCAAAGGUCAUGCUUGGAAGAUGUUGGGCACAGUAAUGGAUCCGAGCGGUCAUGAGUAUCCAUACAAUGCUUCUGCUGACGACUAUGCAGUUCCUAAACCUCCCAGGAGGGCCUUGCUUUCAAAGCAGAAGGACAAUGAGGAAGAGGACAGUUCACCCUAUGAUAACAUUAUGGUGAAAGGAGUGCAAAAGAAUAACUAAGGACUGCUUCAGAAUCAAAAUAGGACAAUGAAGUUAAAUAUAAGUGAGUGUGCAUAGUUCAGUUCCUCUCUGGGGGUGAAUCACUGUAGCCUAACUUAAACCCAAAUGCGCUAAAAUUGCACUGCAAUUGUUUUGUCAUUAUUUGAAUAACAGACACACACUUUUUAUGUAAAUUAGGCUUGUUUUAGGACAUGCAUCAUUAUUUGACGUGUUAUUAACAUUGUGCUAUAUUGAUCAUGUAAAUGUUUAUUCUUCAAAUGAUGGUAAAGUGUGAAAUAAUCACAGUUUAUUCAAACAAGCACAAUUUUGGCUGUUUAAGUGCACCCAAAAUCCAUAAUCAUCUAAAUGCACUAAAAUAGCCAUACACAGUGUAUAUUCUUUAAGUGCAAACACUCGUCUUUUUGUGUAAAUUAGGCUAAUUAUAGAUGACACCUUAUUCACAACAUUGCUUUUUUUUCCCCAGCGCAAUUAACAUUGCAUUAUCUUGAUCAGGUGAACAUUUAUUUGUAAAAACUUUAUUUAUAUAGAGCACACUUUUGGAUUUUUAAAGAACGCCUGUUUAUCUAGUGUAAACUAAAACUAAACUAAACUAAACUAAACUAAACUAAACUUAUAAUUAAACAUGUAAAAGUAGCGAUGCACAGAGAAUGUUAUGUUUCAUUUUAUUGCCACUUUUUAAGUAAAUUAGGCUCAUAGACUCCACCUUCUUCACAACUUGCAUCGCUAUUUGCCAUUGCGAUUAUCGUUGCAUUAUAUUUAUAACGAAUAUUUAUUCAUAAAAUUUUAUUUAUUUAGAUGAGCCCACUCUUGGCAAACGUCUACCUAAAUGCUCUAAAGUAGUGAUGCAAAACAGUUGUGUCACUUUUGGCAAAAACACAACCACCCACAAACCAGUUUAUUUAAUAAAAUAAGACUGUGUCUUGAGACUGUAAAUUAGGCUUAUGCAAGAUUGCACCUUAUUCACAACAGACAAAGCUAUUUGUCGGAGCAUUUAACAUUGUGCUGUAUUGAUCGAAAACAUAUAUUUGUCAAAAGUUGCCAUUUAUUCACACUUUUAGUUUUUAAUGAGAUAAACCAGCAGCUAAAUGCAGUAGCGAUGUGCAGAAUAUUUAUGUGAUGUGCAAACACUUCUUUUAUAUAAAUUAGACUGCACCGUAUUCACAAUUUGUAUCGCUGUUUGCCAUUGCGAUCAUCGCCGCGUGAUAUUAAUCGUUUAUUCAUCAGAUUGGAUUUCUUUAGACAAGCCCACUUUUGGGUUUUCGAUGAUCACCUGCAAUCCAAUUUAACAAGUAGCUAAAUGUGCUAAAAUAGCAAUGCGCAGUUAAUUAAAAAUAUAUAUAAAAAUUGAGCGCAAGCAUGCUUAUUUUACGUCAUUUAGGCCUAUUAUAGACUACCUUUCUUUUUUACAAUUUUGCCAGUGCAGUUAAGAUUGCAUUAUUUAACCAGUCUGGUUUAGCCAGUCGCUAAAUGCACUGAAGUAGCAAUGCACAGUGAAUAUUCUUUUUUUUUUAAAUUCAUGUCUCCUUACUAUGAAAAUUAAGUUUAUUAUAGAUAACGUUUUAUUUACAAAACCUUCGCAUUUAAAGAAACAAUUGAGGUGUCUGAAUCUGCGAAGUAUAGCAGAAUGUUGUAGUCCGCUUAGAACCAACCCUUAAGAUCUGCAUUUGCAUUCAGCACAAAUUCUGUAAACGUGUUUGCACUUAACUGAUUUGCAUAACCAAAACUGCUAAAACAGUGCUAUCAGCAGGCACAGUGCAUUCUUAGUGAAUUCCCCAUUAAGUGUCCGAAUACCACACGAGCGUAUCUACUAUGACCUUCACUAUCCACAAAGGCGAAGUUGAUUUUAUCCGGUAGUAAAUCAAAGAGUAAUUUAGCUUCGGUUGAACACAGGGCCCUAAUAGCCCUUCUUCUCUGUCUUUUUUUGGACUGUGACGAGAGCUCACACAGGUAAUUAAAGUCCUGCAGAUCUCUCCCAAAAUGGACGGCGCCCAUCACCUAAUCCUCUGCUCGCUAAUGAUGGACAAGGGAAUUCCAUCGAGUGUCAUUGUACUAUUCAGGCCAGACUCUGACUUUCCCUCUUACAGGCUUCCUAUUUUGAGGAGCACAUGAAUAAUAAUAACUUGACUUGCAGAGGGAAACUGGGGCACUGUUAGGAUGCUGCUGGGCUCCCUGCCUGCCACGGUUCAUGAGCCCCACACAGUCUUGAGACUUUUAAAAGUCUGAAAACACUUUACAGCUCUUAUCAAUUCAGUCUCUUUACUCUUUCAGAGCAUUCCAGGAAUAUGAACUGCAUUGCACAUGAUGUGAACAGAUUUUGAUGUAUUUUACUGUACAUUGACCAUGUUUUAAAUGCACACAGCAUAUUGCUAUCAUUGUAAUUAGACUGGAUGUGGUUCAAAACAUACGUGAGGGCAAUUUAAAGCUAUCUGCUGCCAUCAGACUGAAGAGAGAUGUGGUGGCAAUCUGCUACUGGAACAUUUUAGCAUAGUUUUGCAACUCAUUAACGGAGUAAACUGGUACAGACUUAAGACGUCAAUAAAGUUCGCACUGAUGCACUUAUUCCAGCUUUGGGAGUCUGGUGUGAGAUGAGCUCUGCAUAAAUGCUGAAAAAGAUGAAAGCUUUGCUAAGCACCGACUCUGUGGCCUAGUUCCUUGUUGUGUAAAAUAGGUUGUUAAACAACAGGGGGCACUGUUUCUCCUCAGUAGGGAGCCAAAACACUGCGUGGUUGGAGUCAUGGUGUGCGUCGUUGUGAGAGAGUCGAAAGCUUCAGGGGUGUUGGUUUUUUGUUAAUAAAAAAUAUUUUCUCUCUUAUUGUUGCACAGAAAUCGACAUGGAGUAUUCAGUGGUAUGCUUGAAAUUAUUAAUGGAAAAAAAAUCAACUGAAAUGUAACUGAAAUGUGCUUAGUGUUCCUUUACUGAAUAAAUAAUAGUGCUGCAAGCUUAUUUUAGAUAGAGACCAUGAGCCUAAUGC